AUGGCGCACCUCAAGUCAGAUGAGUAUGGCGUCGGCGACGCCGUCCUUCUUGAUGAAAUCACAGAGGACGCGUUUGUGGCCAACCUGAAGCGCCGGUUCUCCAAGGACAAAAUCUACACGUACAUUGGCGAAGUACUCGUGUCCGUCAACCCAUACGCAGACCUCGGCCUGUACAAGCCAGAGCUCGUGGAGACGUUUCGAAACCGCGCCCUCUACCAGAACGAGCCCCACAUCUUUGCACUCAGUGAGGCCACGUACAGCACCAUGCGCCGCACGCACCAGGAUUGCGUCGUCAUCAUCUCAGGCGAAUCUGGCGCUGGAAAGACAGAGGCCAGCAAGCGCGUCAUGGAGUACAUUGCAGCCGUCAACACAAGCAAAGGCAGAGCAGAAAUUGAGCGGGUGAAAGAACACCUGCUGGCCUCCACGCCAAUCCUCGAAGCCUUUGGAAACGCAAAGACAAACGUCAACGACAACUCGUCAAGAUUCGGCAAGUACAUGGACAUCAUGUUUGACUUCAAGGCGGAGCCAAUUGGCGGGCACAUCAAAAACUACCUGCUGGAGAAAAGCCGUGUGGUGAAGCACGCGGCAGGCGAGCGCAACUUCCACUUCUUCUACCAGCUCCUCACUGGUGCCCCUGACGCCGUCCUCUCAUCCCUCUCCCUCGAGCGAAACCCUUCAUCCUACGCCUACACCAACCAGGUCUGGCUGCUCUGCUUUUCUGUGUGUGACAAGGCUGGCUUUGAUGAAGUCACCACCGCCAUGCGCACCAUUGGCUUUGACGACGCAUUCAUCGAGUGUGUCCACAAGCUUGUCGCUGCCGCUCUCCACCUGGGGCAGGUUGCAUUCACGCCAAAUGGUGCGCUGUGUGUGUGUGUCUCUGUGUCUGUGUCUGUAUCUGUCUGUCUGUCUGUCUGCACGACAAAGGAUGCACUGCUCAAGGCAUUGACAACACGUGUUGUUGCUGCGCGUGGUGAAGUCAUCGAGACCCCACUCACGGCAGAGAAGGCGAGCAAGGCCCGCCACGCCCUGGCCAAGUCAAUCUAUGGGCGCCUGUUCAGCCACAUUGUGAAGAACAUCAAUACGUGCAUUGGCGUCAAGGCAGACAAGCACACGGCGCUCGGUGUGCUGGACAUUUAUGGCUUUGAAAUCUUCCCUUCAAACGGGUUUGACCAGUUCUGCAUCAACUACUGCAAUGAGAAGCUGCAGCAGGUGUUCAUUGAGCUCGUGCUCAAGUUGGAACAAGACGAAUAUGCGCGCGAGGGCAUCGACUGGGUCAACAUCGAAUACUUCAACAACCACGAGAUUUGCGUGAUGAUCGACGACCCGAAAGCGGGGAUGAUUGCAGUUCUGGACGAGCAGUGCGCCAUUGCCGGUGGGACCGAUGCGGCCUUCCUCGCCAACCUUGAUCGCUCCUUCAAGUCGCACGCGCGAUACUCUUCGUUCCAGACCGACAGCAGCGACACCUCGUGCGAGCGCAGCCGUGACUUCCGCAUCCGCCACUUUGCGGGCGAUGUCGUGUACACCGUGGACGGGUUUGUGGAGAAGAACAAUGACACGCUCUUCCACGAUCUCAAGCGCAUGCUGUACAACUGCGACAACGCCGCUCUCAAGGACAUGUGGCCCGAGGGUGCCGACCCGCUGACGGCUGUGCACAAGAUGCCACCGACUGCGGCCACCAACUUCCGCACGUCCAUGGAUGAGCUUGUGGUUGCACUGAAGCAGAAAUGCCCCUUCUACAUUCGCUGCAUUCGCCCUAACAGGCACAAGGCCGCCAAGAAGUGGGAGGAUGACCUAUGCGUGCACCAGGUUCGCUAUCUCGGGCUGAUGGAGAAUCUUCGUGUCCGCCGCGCCGGAUACUGCAACCGCCAGCCGUACGAGGUGUUCCUCGAACGCUACAAGAUGUGCUGCAAGGCCACGUGGCCACACUGGCAUCGGGAGCCAAAGGAUGGCGUGCGCAAGAUCAUUGAGGAGCUAAACCUGAAGGACGAAGUGGCGUUUGGAAACACACAACUGUUCAUCAAGAAUCCAAGCACGCUGCAGCAACUUGAAGAUAUCCGUGACGCCAAGAUCCCGCUUGUGGUCGCCCGCAUCCAGGCUGCGUGGCGAGGGCUGCUCGCUCGCCGCCAUUAUGUCAAGCUGCGCGCAGUUUAUCGCAUCAUGUCAUUUUGGUACCGCUGCCGCGCCCGCCGCUACCUCGCUGACGUGCUGAAACGCUUUGAAAACGUCAAGGACAGUCCCGAUUUGGGCAAAGGAGUGGAGUGGCCGUCCACGCCCACGGGCCUGGGCCAGGUUGGCACACUCCUGCGCAAGGUUCACCUGUGUUGGCGCGCAAAACGCAUUCUUGCGCGCUUCACGCCAGAACAGACGGAAGAACUCAAGCAGAAGAUUCACGCACAGGACCUCAUCAAGGGGCGUCGUCGCUUCUGGGGCUUCCAAUACAAGUGGGAGGGCAACUACAUUGCCAAGUCUGCCGACGCACAGAAGUUUGGCGCGCAAAUGCAACCGCUCAUGGCCAAAUACGGCGACAAGAAGAUUUUCUUCUCCUCGCGCGUGUCCAAGCUCAACACCAAGGGCAAGGAGGACCCCCGUGUUGUGGUGGUGACGGACAGGCACAUUUAUCGGCUGGACAGCAAGACGUUCAAAAUCCACAAGCAGCCGGUUCCGCUUGACGAAGUGGAGGGAUUUGGCAUGUCAUCGGGUGAAGACCAGGCAUGCAUCGUUCGCCUCAAAGGCGACACAGACCUUGUGCUCACGCUCCGUGGUGACGCAUGCUCUGCCGAACUGGUCUCCCUCAUCACCCAGGCAAAGGGCGAAGAUGUCCCUGUGGAUGUCGGCAGCAAGCUCAAGUACAAGGUCAAGGGCCAGCUGCGCAGCCUUGGCUUUGAGGAGGGCGAUACAAGCAAGACAGGCUUUGCCCGCAAGUCCAGUGGAUACGCACUUGUCACCCGCAAAGAGAGCAUGAUGCGCCUCAAGGCUGGUCGCAAGCCUUCCACCACAUCUGCCUCCCUUGGCGGCAUCAAGGAGUAA